AUGAGAAGCCAUAUUGUCAAAGAAGAAGAAGACAUUAAAAAUUUAGGAGAAACCGGAAAGAAUUUCGAGAAGAGAUUCAAUAUCGACGAAGCUGAACUUAAACGAUUUGAAGAAUCUGUCGAAAAGAAAUUAUUCCAAAUGGAUGAGAAAAUCAACUCCAAGGAAACCAACAAUUCUGGAUCAAAAUACCCAUCUCCAAAUGAGAUUUUGGCUAGAGUUGGAAAGCACUUUCCGCACUUAAUCAUCUAUGGAAGUCAUGGAUUGCUUACAAAUUGCAACAAGAAUUAUAGUGACGUUUCAUUACCAAAUUCUAACGACAUCACUCUAAAAGAGGAACAUCUUGACGAUCCAGGUCGUAUUCUAAUGAAUAUACAAGGGUCUUUAGUGGGCAAACAUAUCCGCUUCCAAGACUGGGAAGAGGUUCUAUACUCAUGUUGCCAAGAUGAUGUUCGUAGUUAUCUAACAGACCAAAGAGGGUUGAUUGUGGACUGGACAACAGCUAUUUUUAAGCUUUUCCAAACCUUCGAUUUUAACGCCAAAACACACCAGUGUUUGCGCGAAAUAUCUCAAUUUUAUCCUAAGGCUGGAGAUGUAGCUAGAGACUACUUUGUCAAACUGAUCCGUAAAGGUAAAGCGGUAAAAGGAGCCUCUACACUAGCAAUCGUUAGUACUAAGAUUCAUGAUAUCCUGAUGACUGAGAAUUCUCCGAUUCCAGGUCCUAACCUAAACGAGAUACAUAAUUUUAUUGAUUUACACAAUUAUGUUACGACCAAUAUCCCAAUAUGGUUCGUUCUCCAAGGUAACUAUGGAAAGAGUAACUCAGCUCCUUUAUUCGCUAUUCAGAGAUCGCAAUCCACUUCUUUCUCAGCUUCUCAUCGCAAACCCAAAGUUUCGACUGCCACCUUUUAUUGCUCUAAUUGUUCUUGUCCUAAGUGUUCUGGAACCAUUAAACCUUACAUGAAGAGGGGUUUCUGUACCAAAUGUAAGUGUGAAAAGUGUUCUUCCAGAAUAAGACGUUACAAGAAAUCGAACAUAGCCGAUAUGAAGGUUAAUGUUUUGGAAACCGCAAACCAUAAUGUCUCAACCGACGACGAUGACGAAACUGAUGAUUCUGAAUUUGUUUUUGAUGACGAAGGUACUUAUUCAUUGGAGUCACUCAGUAAUUUAGACGACAAUAUCGAACCUACUUCUGUAUUUGAGGUUAACUCCUUAGAUGCGAGGCAUCCCUAA